AUGAACCGAACACCGAACUCAAAUAGUACUCAAAAAAAUUACGCCCAAGCUGCAGCGCAGCCAAAACAAAAAACAGCUUUUCAUACUAAUAAUCCUCACCAUCCAAACCAACACCACCAACAGGUGUCUCAACAAAAUCAAUCUUCAGGAUCUUCUACAUCCACGAAUUUUUCUUCAUCCGCUAACGGAAAGCCUAAUAAUACAUCACAAACGAAGCCACAGGCUCAGCAUAUUUCAAACAUGGGAAAUGGUAAUACUGGCCGCUCGAUCAAGCACAAUAACGCAGUACAACUACCAUCGAAAGGUCACGUUUGGGAAACAGCUCCGAAUUCUUUUGGAUUCGGAACAGUAAAUUCACCAAACACACAAAUACAUGUGUCGCCUCCAACUGGACCAACGCUUACAAGUGGUGGAGGAGUUCCUAAUGAUUUACCAACGAAAGGAGGCCCGACCUUUGGAACGGUGACAACUGCUACUACACAACUAACUAAUGUUGGUACUUCUGCUACGCGUGCGAACGAGAUUGCUCGUACACAUUCUGCUCCACCGCUACUUAAUCCUCAAGAUUCAAAUAAUGUCAGAAUUGUCGGACAAUCAGGUCAUCCACCUAAUGUGGGAGUUCGUAAUCAACUUACUAAUAUACAUCAACAGCAGUCUAUGUCUGUUUCUCAUCAGCAACCUUCGGUACCGGUUAAUAAUUCUGCUUUACAUCGUAAAGAUUCAGUUUCUUCUACUGUCUCAUCGAAUGAUGGACAACAACCAUAUCAUUCUCAUCAGCCGUCACAUCAUUCUAACCAUUCUCAUACGAAUCAACAUAAUCAUCCCCAUUUCUCUCGACAACAGCACCAACAUCAUAAACCUAUGGUGCAACCCGGUCAAAAUAUUACUGGACAAUAUACUUCAAGGUCAAGAGAUAAACAUAUCUCAACAUCUUCUCAUAUAAAUCCUGCACAGCAACCAGUUCCACAAGCUACAAUACCAAUGGCUCCUGGUUCGAUACCAAUGUCUGAUUAUUUAUAUUAUGCACAAUAUCCUCCUCAUCCUCAUCAUCCUAUAUAUAUGACACAAUUUCGCCCGCCAAUGACAGGGGUGCAGGCUCAUAUUCCUCAAGCUCCAGUUACCGCUGUUAGUUAUGUACCACCACAACAAAAUCAACAUAAAAGUAAAGCUAUUCCUAUUGUUGAUCCUAAUAGGGGUGUUACUAUAGCGAUUAAACAACAGCAACUAUCCAAAAGUCCAAAUUUCAAAAAAGAAGAAAUUUCCUCUGUCUUGGUUGACAAUAAACUCGAAGAAACUGAUAAGGAGAGCGCUAAUUCCGAAGAUAAAGGCAUAUCCAAGGCCAUUCCGAUUGUUGACCCUGCAGAAAAAGAACGCAAAGAGCGCGAGGAAUAUGAAAAGAAAGAACGUGAAGAACAUGAACGUUUAGAAAGAGAAAAGGAAGAAAAGGAACGCAAAGAGGCAGCAGAGAAAGCUCGUAAAGAACAAGAAGAAAAAGAAAGACAAGAAGCAGAAAGAAAGAAAGAAGAGGAACGUUUAGCAAAAGAGAGGGAAGAAAGGGAACGUAAAGAAGCAGAAGAGAAAGCUCGUAAAGAGCAAGAAGAAAAAGAAAGACAAGAAUUAGAGAGAAAGAAAGAAGAAGAACGUUUAGCAAGAGAAAAGGAAGAGAAAGAACGUAAAGAAGCGGAAGAGAAAGCUCGUAAAGAGCAAGAAGAAAAAGAAAGACAAGAAGCAGAGAGGAAGAAAAAAGAAGAAGAACGUUUAGCAAGAGAAAAGGAGGAAAGAGAACGUAAAGAGGCGGAGGAAAAAGCUCGUAAGGAACAAGAAGAAAAAGAAAGACAAGAAGCAGAGAGAAAGAAAGAAGAAGAACGGUUAGCAAUUGAGAAGUUAGAAAGAGAACGUAAAGAAGCGGAAGAGAAAGCUCGUAAAGUGCAAGAAGAAAAAGAAAGACAAGAAGCGGAGAGAAAGAAAGAAGAAGAACGUUUAGCACAAGAGAAGAAAGAAAGGGAAGCAGAAGAGAAAAUUCGUAAGGUGAUUGAGGAUAGGGAAAGACAAGAAGCCGAGAGUAAGGAAAAAGAAGAAAGUGCUAAAACAAAGACAACUGAGGUUGAAUCAACUGAUAAGAAAGAUCUUAAAAAAGAAGAAAAGAAGAUCGGCAAAGGGAAUCGCCCAGGUCCAUUGGAUUUGUCACGUACUACAUCUGCACCAGCAAUUCCCAGUGCACCACUUAGUGCUCUUGGUAGUGCUCGUUUAAUUGAUGACUUAACAACUGUAUCAUAUCCUCCGCAUAUUAAAUCACCAGAUCCAAAAUUAAAUUCUGACGCUGAGCCAGGAAAAUUCAAAUAUGAUCGCAUCUUCCUUAUGCAAUUCAUGGACGUUUGUAAAGAAAAGCCAGAACAUUUGCCCGCAUUAGAAGCUAUUGGUUUGGAAGAAACUAAAGAUGACAAGAAGGGUAAUAGACAAGGUUCUCGAACUCAGAAUGCAAGAAUAACGCAUAAGAAUAGUCCAAAUCAAUCUCAAUUUGCUCAAAUGGGAGAAUUCAAACUACCAAAGACUAGCGAGGAAAGGUUCCUUGCUUCAUCAAUAAGAAUUGGAACGACAUCUGUUUCGAGUGGCUUUGUACGAAAUCCACUUGGUCGUACUGGAAGUGGAAGUACAUUAUUACCACCUCCAGCAAUGACGGCUUCCCCACCAAGCCCAGGUCGCGCGUCUAGUGGACGAAGAGAUGGACGAAGAAAUGGUGGUAAAGGGGGACAUCAAUUUCAAGGACCAAAUUUCGGACAUGAACAGAUUGUACCUCUUGAACGUACAGAGAAUCGAUGGGUUCCUGCUUCAGUUUUAGGUAAUUUACCAAAAGCAACUGAAGAAUUCAUUCCUAUUGAAGUAGUACAGCGCAAAGUUAAGGCGCUUUUGAAUAAAUUGACGUUAGAAAAAUUUGAUUCUAUAUCGGAUCAAAUUAUUGAUUAUGCUAAUAAAUCGAGGGAUGAAAAAGAUGGACGGAUAUUAAAGGAAGUAAUUCGCCUUAUAUUUGAGAAAUCUUGUGAUGAACCGAAUUUCUGUGCAAUGUACGCUCAACUUUGCCGUAAAAUGAUGGAGAGGGUUGAUCCUGUUAUUGUAGAUGAAAAUGUCAAAAAUACUGAGGGUAAAUUCGUUCAAGGUGGAACGUUAUUUAGGAAAUACCUUCUUAAUCGUUGUCAGGAAGAUUUUGAGAAAGGUUGGAAAGUUAAUGUUCCAGUACCUGCCAAUGAAAAAGGAGAACCAGAUCUCAUGUCAGAUGAAUAUUAUGCAGCUGCGAAAGCCAAAAGACAUGGUCUAGGUUUAAUACGUUUCAUCGGAGAAUUAUUUAAACUAAAUAUGCUUACCGAGCGUAUUAUGCAUGAAUGUAUAAAGAAAUUAUUAACGUUUCAAGGAUCGCCCGAAGAAGAAGAAAUGGAAAGUUUAUGUAAACUAAUGAAUACCGUAGGUGAACAACUUGAUCAUGCCAAUGGCAGAACAAACCAACCAGAUCAUGCCAAAACCACUCAACUUGAUGAUGCAAAAGCAAGACAGGCUAUGGACAGUUAUUUUAAUCGCAUGGAAGAUAUAUUGAAACACCCAAAUAUGACAAGUCGCAUAAAAUUCAUGAUAAUGGAUAUCAUCGAUUUGCGAAGUAAUUCUUGGAAACCUCGACGAGAUAUUAAUGCUCCAAAGACAAUUGCAGAAAUCCAUGAAGAUGCUGCAAAACAAAAAGAGGAAGCUGAUUUCCUUAGACGAACAGCUAGCUCAGGUGGUAGAGGUCUGCCUAAAAUUGGAGAGCAAAUGUCACGUAGUGGUUCAGGUCGUCGUGACCACCGAUCGGACAAAGGAAUGUCAUCUCACGGAUCGGCAACACCUGGAAACGAUGGAUGGAUUAACGUUGGAGGAGGUUCACAGAGAAAUAAUAAAGUCGGCGACCUUACUAAAUUCGGAUCUAUUCGUAGUAGUAAAAACACUAGCAACGUCAGUUUAGCACCAGGAGGCAGUCUUGGAAAUUUUACUAAAGCUUGGAGCAAGAGUGAUAAUAAAGAUCGAGAAGACAAGUCUGCAGGUCUAAGUAGAACGAAUUCGACGUCAAAUAUGUAUAGUGUAUUAGAGAGCUCUGAGGGAAGGAAGAGCUCAGAAUUUGCAGCUUCAGAACCUCAAAAAUUCGUUCCAAUGGAACGUAAAAAAUUAGCUUUAUUGCCGCGCACAAUCGGUACUACGCCCGAAGAGUCUCAGUCUGCUAUCAAAUCAACUGCAUCUAAGUCUGUCGAGGCGGCAUCAUCAGUACAAACGAUGCCAGAAGAGGUGGCAGUAAAGAAGAUCGAUAGUAUGAUUGCGGAGUACUUUUCAGUUUUGGAUAUUAAAGAGGUCCUCGCUUGUCUCAAGGAGAUCCCGACAGAAUUUCAUGCAAAAGCAAUAGAGGAAAUUACAAACAAAGUAAUUGAGAAAAAGCAGGCAGAUGUGGACAAUGUUAUAAAUUUAUUCAAAGAAAUUAUAUCAUCCGAAACUUGCGAUAUUAGUAAUUUCAAAGAUGGUUUUAAGGGAUCGUUAGAAUUUUUAAUGGAAAUUGGUGCAGAUGCACCAAUGGCUUAUUCGUUUAUAGGACAAUUAUUAUAUAGUACUGGACUUGAUUUUCGGGAUAUUACAACACUCCUUGGAGCUUUGGAUAGUGACCGAGAUAUAGAAAAAAUAGUAAAGGGAUAUGUGAACGCUUUAAAGAAUGAUCAGGGAGAAGAAAAAUGUGGACUAAAAAUAAAUGAAUUUGAUAUUAAAUCGUUGUUCCCAAAGAAAAAUAAAGAUGGUAUAAAUAAAUUUCUUGAAGAUCUUGGAUUGGGAUCACUAAAAUAA